AUGGCGGCCCGCAAGGCAAGGAGGCAGCAUGCAGGCGCUGCCACGCUCAUCGUCGCUUCUCUGGUCUUUCGGCCGCUGACGUUUGCAGCACCGGGGACGAGCGACAAGGCCAAGAUAGAGUUCUACACUAUGGACAUGUGUCCAUAUGCCCAGAGGACCUGGAUUACACUUGAGGAGAAGGGUGUCCCUUACAAGCGCACAGUCGUAAACGUGCGCAACUCCACGGAGCGCGAGUGGUAUGUGAAGAACGUCAACCCUUUGGGGAAGGUGCCGUCCAUUCGCGACCUGACGGACGGAACUGUUCUCUACGAGUCUGAAAUCAUCAACGAGUACCUUGAGCAGAAAUUCGCCGAUUCUGGCCCAGCUCUGAUGCCGCCUUCCGCCAAAGGGGCGGCUUCCGUCCGACUGUGGAACCAUCACCUGAACAACAAGUUGGCUCCAGCCCACUUCACCUUCUUGAUGAACAAGAAUGCCACAGCGGAUCCGGAGAAGAUUCAAGCGCUCGAAGAGGCGCUCCAGUACUACGAGGAGAACUUGAAGGGCCCUUUCCUGCUUGGUGACGACUUCACGCUUGCAGAUGUCAGUGCUCUGCCUUUUUUCGAGCGCCUCAUCUUCUCUUGCCGGCGCUUCAAGGACUAUGAAGUUCCGCCGCGAAUGAAACGCCUUUUGAAAUGGCUGGACACGGCCAUGAGUCAGCCGUCUUUUCUGGCGACGAAGAGGCCCGAAGACCAGCUGGAAGAAGUCUAUCAGCGAUUUCUGUCUGUGAACUACGCGUUUGGUGGCCUCAACCGGAACUAG